AUUUUGUCCCCUCUCCAAUUCCGUAGCUGCACCUAACUUCCGGAAGCAUCGUGACGUCAACGAAGGCAAACAUGUUUAGAAGCCCUAGUAUAACUGAUACUAGUGAUUGUUUCAAUAAAUAAUUAAAUACAAUACUAAUUAUAAUAACGAGCCGGGGUUUUGAACAGUUCUUUAAAAAGAACAGUUCCUCAAAGAGCUAUAAAAUCCCAUCGCUACUUUGGACCACUUGUAGUAUUUUGUCCCCUCCCCUAUCCCGUAGCUGCACCUAACUUCCCUAAGUACCGUGACGUCACACGCAGGUGAGCAGAAGAAAUGGCUCAGGAAUUCGGCAAAAAUGCUGCUCGACUUGAUUGGGGCGAUCACUCCGGCUUAAAUCAGCGCCACUACGUCCCGCAGCUUGUAGUCUCGCCCGGCCCCGCACCUGAGCACACCUGCGGCACACAACACCUACGAAGAAGAAACGUGUUUUUUUGUCUCUCGGAGAGGAUUGACGCCAUGUCCUUCUCCAGCAUCUUACCUGACGAGGCUGCCUUCGAGGACUUCAAGAGGCAGUGCCUGUCCACGGACACCUGGCAGAUCAGGUACAACAGCCACGACAGCCAAGUGUGGUCGGAGGCCACGGACAAGGGGAACCAGGUUGCAGCCAAAAUACACAAACUCAAGUGUAAAAUCAACAUCAAGGAUGUCUCGGCCGCCACCAUGUAUGACGUCCUGCAUGACAGCCAGUACCGGAAGCAGUGGGACCCCAACGUGUUGGAGAGUUACGACGUGGCCCGCCUCUCCGCCUGCGCCGACUUGGGCUACUACUCAUGGUCUUGUCCGCGGCCGAUCAAGAACCGGGACGUGGUCACGCUGCGCUCGUGGCGAGUGGCCGAUGACGAGUACAUCAUCAUCAACUUCUCCGUCAAACAUCCAAAGUUUCCUCCUUCCAGCGACCUGGUUCGAGCCAUUUCCAUCCUCACAGGCUAUUACAUAAAGCCCACGGGGCCAAACAGCUGCACUUUCACCUACCUCUCGCAAGCCGACCCCAAAGGUUCUCUUCCAAAGUGGGUGGUCAACAAAGCCUCGCAAGUUCUGGCACCAAAGGUGCUGAAGUGCGUGCACAAGGCGGGUCAGAAAUACCCCGAGUGGAAGCAGAAGAACUCCCCAGACCAGAAGCCCUGGUUGUACCCGGAGCAGAACACCCUGCCUUUGAUGGACCCCGCAGAACUGUCCAUCCAGAGAGCCGACUCGCUGGAGAACGUGGACGAGAGUUCCAAGGAGGAGGAAAACUAGGUUACGAGAAAAAAAAGGAUGUAGGCCAACUCUCAGGAAUAUUCUUGCAGGUUUACAGCUCAAUGAAGGGAUGGAAAAGAGCAGAUUUUAGUGGUCUUAGCUUGUUUUAUUACUUUUGGGGUUUAAGGAGAGCAUUGUUGCAGCACUACAUUUAUUCUUGCUUCAGACCUCUCGUCUCAACCUGAAGAAGAGUUUACACAGUGUGUGUUUUUUUGUUUUUUUUUACUGCUUGAAGAACAUGAGCGAUACAGAUGUUUGAAAUGAUAUUGGACUUUAAUUCUCAUAUGCGAUACUGGAAAAGUCAAUUCUAUUUAUUCCGGUCGUGUGCAAAUCUUGUAAAUAGUUUUGUGUCGUCACGCUAAUAUCACACAGCUGUUUAAUUUAUUUCACGCUCGGAUGAAGUGGAUGUUGAGAAAGCAGUCUGACAUGAAGCCUGCUGGCAGACAGAUUUUUCUUGUGAUGAUGAUGCUGAUGUGUAAGGUCUGCCUGCCUGUCACCCUUUUUUUCAACUAAAAUAAACCUGCUGUGGUUAACUUA